AUGAUCCUGUACAAGGCAGACGACGCCCUGAUGUGCAAAGUGUUUGUGAUGACUCUGCGAGGAGCAGCUCAGGAUUGGUUCCACACCCUACCGUCCGCGUCAAUAGGCAACUUCAAGGAGUUCACCAUCAUUUUCACAAAGGAAUACACCUCCUACAAGACGGUCAGAAAGCAUGCAGACCACCUGUUCAACCUGCAAAAAAAGCCAGACGAGUCUCUACGAGACUACCUGAGACGAUUUAAGGCCAAGAAGGCUAACAUCAUAGGAUGCAACGACCAAGUUGCAUCCUCAGCUUUCAAGAAGGGCUUGCCAACCCAGCACGAGCUAUACCGGGAGCUGGCCAUAACUCCAAGUCAAACCUGGGCAGAAGUGUUCGCGACGGCAGAGCGCUACGCACUUUGGGACGAUGAUCGUAUCGCCGCAAAGAAAGCUAGCAAGCAAGUUGACCACCCGACGAAGCAGAUCCUAGCUCAGGUGAAGGACAAGCCGUGGAUAAGGCGACCACCAUCCAUGAAGGGAGACCCCUUUAAAAGAGACACCAGUAAAUACUGCGCAUUCCACGGGGAGCACGGUCAUUACACCAACAACUGCAACGCUUGGAAAAGGCACCUUGAGGAGCUGGUCAGAGAGGGCCAUUGCACAGAGUUCGUUGCAAAGAAGGCUAUCCAGCAGAUCGAGGAUCGUGAUGUAGCUGCCAAGGAACCUCCCCAAAAGGUCAUUCGAAUCAACACCAUUCUAGCCGACUCCCAAGAGUCCGGGCUGACCACCAAGGAGCGCAAGAGAAAGAUCGCGCAGGCAACUUAUGUCUCCCAAGUCACAACGGGAGUACCAGCUGUUGGGGAUACACCUAUCAUCGGCUUCUGA